UCAGUCACAUUUAUGACCACAGGCACAGGGACAGAUAUGCAAGGCAGAGAUGUCCGGGAACUUCACACUUUUCCAGGAUCACCAACACAGGACAAGUUGGUGUCCUGCGCGUCAGUAAAGCCAUUUCAACUGACCUGAGACAGACAAAGAGAAAGAGGGAGGGUACAGGAACGAGGAGCACACACUAACAGGCAGAGUCGACGUGGCUGCAGAGCUCUGCGCUCCAGCUCUGGAUGUGUGAUCAGGGGAAAGACUCAGAGCCAGAACAGAGCUGGAGAGAGCGGACUGACUGGAGCAGGCUGUCGGUCGAUGUGUGAGUCUGUGGCCGGGCUCAGGUGGAUCUGUACCGGCCCCGGUGUGAAUGGGAUUUCGCAGGUUGCUCCGUGUCUCCUGUCGGUGCUGCUGGAGGAAACAUGCGGCCGCAGAGCUUCCCGGUCCCCUCGGUCCUCCUCCCGCUCCUGCUCAUCGGGCUCUGCAGCGGCACAAGUUUCCCAAGUAACAUCAACAUAGGAGGCCUUUUCCCCACCGGCUCCCAUGAGUAUGAGGUGUUUCGUUUUGCUCUGGCGCAGCAUCAGGACCUCCCCAAACUGGUGCCACAGGUGGACAUGGUGGACAUAGGGAGCAGCUUCGCCAUGACCUACGCCUUCUGCUCCCAGUUCUCUAAGGGUGUGUAUGCCAUCAUGGGUCUGUACGACCGGCGGACGGUCAACAUGCUGAUGUCUUUCUGCAGCUCUCUGCACGUCUGCUUCGUCACGCCAUCCUUCCCCAUCCAGACCAACAACCAGUUUGUCCUGCAGCUGCGGCCCCAGCUUCAGGAACCCCUAAUGGCCCUCCUGGAGCACUUCUACUGGACCAGGUUCGUCUACAUGUACAGCUCCGACUCAGGUCUGUCAGUGCUGCAGAGGAUCUUGGACACGGCAGCGGAGCGGAGUUGGCAGGUCACCUCCGUUAACUUAGACGCUCUGACAGAAUCAGGCUUCAUCAAGCUGCUGACAGACCUGGACUACAAGAAGGACUAUCAGAUCGUCAUCAACUGUGAGCUGGACCGGCUUAACUCCAUCCUCAACCUGAUUGCUACUCAGGGGAGAAACUUGAAGAACUACCACUACAUCUUGGCCAAUCUGGGCUUCUUAGACCUGAACAUCACAGACUUCCAGAAGCUGGCAGCAAACGUGACAGGCUUUCAGCUGGUGAACCACUCUGAUCCAGAUGUGGAGAGGAUCAACCAGGAGUGGCUGGACUUUGACAGCAAAGACCUCAAACUGGCCCGCAGAAGGCUCAAGUACACAGGUGCUCUGACCUACGAUGGCGUCAAUGUCAUGGCGACAGCUUUCCAGAACCUUCGGCGGCAACGGAUAGACAUCUCUCGCCGUGGCAACGCGGGGGAGUGUCUGGCCAACCCCCCUGCUCCCUGGGGACAGGGCAUUGACAUACAAAGAGCCCUGCAGCAGGUGCGCCUGGAGGGGCUGACAGGUCAUGUUCAGUUUGAUGAGCGAGGCCAUCGCACCAACUACACCCUGACUGUGAUGGAGCUCAGCCACCUCGGACCCAGGAAGAUCGGCUACUGGAACCAGAAGCAAGGCUACGUGAGCACAGCAGUCUACAGGCCGGUGCUGGAGGACUUCUACGGCCUGCUGAAUAAAACCUACAUUGUCACCACCAUAUUGGAAGCUCCCUACAUGAUGCUGAAGAAGAACCAUGAGCAGUUUGUUGGAAAUGACAAGUAUGAAGGCUACUGUGCUGAACUGGCCUCAGAGAUCGCUAAACAUGUCGGUUUCUCCUACCGGCUUGAGCUGGUGGCUGACGGCAAGUACGGCGCCAGAGACCUUGACACAAAGAUGUGGAACGGCAUGGUGGGAGAACUGGUGUACGGGAAAGCCGACAUGGCGGUUGCCCCGCUCACCAUCACUCUGGUUCGUGAGCAGGUGAUUGACUUCACCAAACCCUUCAUGUCUCUGGGAAUCUCCAUCAUGAUCAAGAAACCCACCAAAUCCAAACCAGGUGUCUUCUCCUUCCUCGACCCGCUGGCCUACGAGAUCUGGAUGUGCAUCGUCUUCGCCUACAUCGGAGUCAGUGUGGUGCUGUUCCUGGUGAGCCGUUUCAGUCCUUAUGAAUGGCAGGGAGAGGGCUCUGAACACGAAGAUGAAACUCUGCCCUCCUCUACCUCUCGACGAACUUUGCCGGCUUCUUCUUCUGAACUCAUUCACUCUCCGGGGUACUCCCAGGCUCAGGGCCAGAACCAGAACCAACAGAAAGAAAAAGAGACUCCAGAAUACACCAAUGACUUUGGGAUCUUUAAUUCUCUGUGGUUCUCACUCGGGGCCUUCAUGCAGCAGGGCUGUGACAUCUCCCCUAGAUCUCUCUCAGGUCGUAUUGUAGGAGGAGUUUGGUGGUUUUUCACCCUCAUCAUCAUCUCCUCCUAUACAGCCAACCUGGCAGCCUUCCUCACUGUAGAACGGAUGGUCUCCCCCAUAGAAAGUGCUGAGGACCUGGCCAAGCAGACUGAGAUCGCCUAUGGCACCUUAGAUGGAGGCUCCACUAAAGAGUUCUUCAGUAGGUCAAAGAUAGCAGUUUUUGAGAAGAUGUGGUCAUAUAUGCGGAGCGCAGACCCUACAGUUUUUGUCAAGAGCACCACUGAGGGUGUGAUGCGAGUGAGAAAGUCAAAAGGGAAGUACGCCUACCUGUUGGAGUCCUCUAUGAACGAGUACAUCGAGCAGAGGAAGCCCUGCGACACCAUGAAAGUAGGAGGCAACCUCGACUCCAAAGGGUAUGGAGUGGCCACACCCAAAGGAUCGCCCCUCAGAAACCCUGUUAACUUGGCAGUGUUAAAACUGAACGAGCAGGGCCUGUUGGACAAAUUGAAAAACAGAUGGUGGUAUGACAAGGGAGAGUGCGGCAUCGGGGGAGGGGACUCCAAGGACAAGACAAGCGCGCUCAGUCUGAGCAAUGUGGCGGGAGUGUUUUAUAUUCUGAUAGGUGGUCUGGGUUUGGCCAUGCUCGUGGCUCUGGUCGAGUUCUGCUACAAGUCCCGGAUCGAGUCAAGAAGGAUGAAGGAGCUUAUCGAUGCCGCUAUGAUGAGUACCAGUCUCGGUGGGAUGGCAGACAGUGGAGGAGCAGCAGCAGGAGGAGGAGCAGGGGCGGUGGGCGGAUUAGGAGGAGCAGCCUCGGAGCUGGGAGGCGAGAACGGCCGUGUGGUGGCGCAUGAUUUUCCAAAGGCAGGAGCUCAGGGUUUACCUUGUAUGAGUAAGGCAGCCAGACUGGGACUGUCCUCCACAGGCAUGUGAUCAAAACCAAGAAUCCUGGUUGGACCGAACGCUCCUGUCUCUCUGUCCACCUGUCCGUCUGUUAGGAAGGUAAGCUGAGAAGAAGGACACGAGUGGGAGGAGGAAGGGAGGAGAGAAGAGGAAAUGAGAGGGGAGGGUAGGAGGGAAGAAAGAUGGAAAAAGGAUGGAAGUGAAAGAAUGGAGGAUCAGAGAGAAAGAUAGAGAUGUGAUAUUGAGGGUGGAGAAAACAUAAGAGAAGAUGGUGGAAGCAGAGAGAAGGGAUGAGAGGAGAGAAAGGAAACCAGCAGGAUAAGGAGAGGAGGAGAAAAGACAGGAUGAAAGGACAAAGAGAUGAGGAUCAAGGAAAAGAAGGGAGAGGAAGGAGAAAGAGAUUGGAGGUAAGAGGAGAGGGAAAAGGCAAAAAGAAAGGGAGGAUUGAAGUGUGAAGGUGGGAGUAAGGUGAGGGGUGAGAGAAAAAGAGGAAUGAGUGUGGAGGGGAGAAGACAAAAGAAGAAAGAGAAAACCACGGAGGCAAGAAUGUGGGAGAAGACAUAAGAAAAGAUGGAGAACAGAGGAAAAUGUUUGUCAGGUGGACAGACGGAGGAGCGUUCAUGUUCGCUGUGACUGGACUGAAUACAACAGAGCUCUGAUGAACAGACAACACCUGAGCUGGAUCCAAUCAAACUGAGCUCCUGCAAGACAAGUGACUGGGCUUAAGAAACUACUACACAUAACUGGAACCUUACUUUUUCUACGUGCGCUGUCUUAAACUAAACUCCUCCUCUCAGGUACAAACUGAGCCUGGGGGGGGGCGGCAGAGGAGGGAUUGGUUUUUUAACUUCUUAAAGACUGAAUUACUUCACCUUGUCCUCCUUUUUCUGCAGUUCAGCAGUAACACAGCUUCAUCACAGACACACAAGAUGCCACUUUCAUAACGGAGAGGGACCAGAUGUCAGAGCAUGUUGGUGUUUAACCCUUUUGCUAUGAAACACAGACGAACACGUGCUGGGGAUGAGAAGCUGAAAGAAAAUGCAGAUAAGAAUAUUCAGGAGAAACCUGGAGCAGUAAGCUGCGGCCAUAACACCACAGGUGCUGUAUGAACACAUUUCUUUACUUUUGUGUCAUAUGUACACUGUCGUGAUAUUGACAAGUUUUAAGGUAGUCCGCACAGCCUCCUGUUACAUUUUACUGAAUCACAAUCAGAAAGUAAAUCUCAAUCACUGCACUAAUUGUAAUUUUUAUUGUAGAAACACUGCAUUAUUAUUAAGUACUCAUGUCAGUACUCAAAUUAAGUACCCGUACUUGAUCUGAAAAAAGCAGUAUGGGUGCAUCCCUCCCAAAAACAUUCAGUUCACAAUGAUUAAAAAAAAAGAAAAAUCCUAACUUUAGCAGGAACAAGCACAUCUUGGGCAAAUUUUCUUUAAUACGAAUGAAAUAGCUGAAAAUUAAUUUGUUAUUGGUGACAAAUACAGGCCAACUGACAGUUUAAUUAUGUUGAAUGGAUAAGGCACCAAUAUAAUAGUUACUGGUUUCUACUUAACUGUAGGCUCGGGGAAAGAACACUGGGGGAACGAGGCUGAGACAUGAAGCCGACACAGAAAUGCGAAAACCUGCAGUUCCUCGAACGACCUCUAGAGGCCGGCUCCAAAAGGGAGUCAGUCGACCAUAGACCCCCCCUGUUAAAAUGUCCAACUUUACAGCAGAAAGAAACACGUUUAUAGCCUGGUACAAAAAACUGUUUUAGCCUCUAGCUAAUUUCUCCUUCCAUGACAAUUGUAGGGGGGCGAAUUCUUUUAUGACUCGCUAAAUUAUAUUGAGACUAAAAGUUACGGCUAAUUAAAGCGUGGCCACUUUAAGUGACAGGCAAGAGGUUUUUCUCGGUGGCUGUAGUCUACGCAUGUUUCUGCUAAGUGUAUUUGGCGCUGUGGUUAAAUGAUAUACUGACCUCUUACUGUGUUAUUUCCAGGCACUGGUAAAAACAAGGGAAGACGGUGGUUCUUUGUUUCUAAAGACAAAACCAUAGUUGUAUGAAAUAUUAGAUUUUUUAAUUACUUCAAAUAUUUGAAAAUCACUGACCGUCCCAACACUGUACCUACAUUUAACUACCAGUAGGAACCACUAAGCAUUUCAUUGAUACCCAAGUAAUAGUUGUGUUAAAAUCACAAGUUGUGUUACCAAGAUCUUCACCUCUUAAUCAACACAUACCUAACAUUUAGAAAAAACCCUACAAACAAGCUUCGCUAUGUUGACGGCAGCAAAAAGAAACACUGCAAAUACACAUUUUAGUGACUUUUCUGGUCGUAAUUUGUUCUGUUGUUGCUUGUGUUCUUUUUGUGUUGUCAGAAUGUUGAGGUUUUUUCUAUUUGCAUGUUUUCUGUAAAAAAGAAAAAAAAAAAACUUCCUUGCGAUUAAAUGCAGUUCAGGGAAUGAACAUCUUGUGACAACGAAAACUGACGUUACACUUUCCACGUCCAUGUGUACCACAGUGGUUUAACAAUGUCAGUCUACGACUGGACAGAAGGUAGACGAUCGAGGGGAAAUCUGAACAGGAACACCUGUGCUUCCUUGUCUGCAUACACACAAGGGUCUACGCAAUGUCUGAGUAGCCCUUUACUGCUUACUGCUCGCUAACACUACUGGAACUAUCGACACAGAGCAUCGUAAUUUUGAGGAUGAGCGGGGUUCAGUUACUGUUUUCUGCUGUGGUUUACAUGACUGGAGCUCAUGUUUAAUAUCCUGAGAAAUCUUAAUGCUUGGCUGUGAAAAUCAAGCUACUCUGAUCACCUUGGGUUGAGCUUUACAGAAGCGCAAAUGGGAGGAUAUUACCCCAUAACUAUGACUUACUAUCUCAUAAUUAGAAUAUCCUGAUCUUGUAAUUAUGAGAUAAUGCAGAGGUGGAACACUGCAGAACUCACCUGAAAAUCAUCAGGUUUUACCUGAUUCUUUAGUAUCAGUAUUCGUCUUUAAUGCUUCGUUUUAACCACGAGCUCCAGAGACCCGGAUGUUGUAACUGCCUGUUACCGUGGCUAUUGAGGAAGACUGAGGCAUUACCAGCUGUCUGAUUUAACCAUCUGGAUCCAGUGUCCUAGAGUCUACAGAGUACUGGGCUCCGUGCACAAUGAGUAUGAGCUUAAAUAUCCAUUUUACACAAAACUCUUUUUUUUUUUUGCAUUGUAUUUUGUAAAAAAAUCGCAUCGAACCGUAAAAGCUGAUUCCAGUGAACA